AUGCAUUCCAUAGUACGCAUUACAUUAUUAUAUGGUUUACUUAACAUUAUCAACAUAAAAACAAUCAGUGCUAAAAGUUUAAAUAUUGCAGAUGUCAUUAAUGAUAUUAACGGAAAUGCCAAACUGAAUUUGAAUGUGGUAAUAAAUCUGGCGGAAAUCAAUCAAAAAACUAAAUCAAACUUUGUGGAAAUAGUGAAACAAAUAAAAGUACCACAAUUAAUUAUAAAUGAGGAGCAAGUUACUCUUGACUAUCUCCAGGCUAUUAAACCUCUUUAUCAGAAGCAUAACAGUGAAAGCAUAGCAAUAGUUGGAUUAAACAGAAGUAGUUUAAAUAGCUCUCUGGAAUUAUUGGAUCGUUUACUAUGGAGAAGACAUUUUAAGGAUAUAGUGCUGGUAUAUCAAAGAGAUCAUAAGGAGCGCUCAGAAUUAUUUAAUACACAACUUUUACAAAUAUUUGAAAAAUGCUGGUCGAAAGGUUUUAUAUCGGUGUUGUUGUGGUCUCAGGGUCAACUCUACACUUAUCACCCUUAUCCAAAUAUUAAAGUGAUACAUCUCAACAAUGUGGCCCAGUUUUUGGACAAAUCCCAUUUAAAUAAUUUUCAACAACGUUCAUGGCGCCUGCCAUUUUUUGACUUUCCCAAUUUAUGCUACUCCUAUAAAAACCGUCAUGGGCAACUUGUUCGUACCGGUUACUUUUACAAAUGGGUACAAUUGUAUUUGCAAUAUUACAAUGCUUCCAUAGAACACUUUUCCCUUGAUAUGUGGUCUGGUAAUCUCAGUCUAGCGAAAAGUCGUAGUCUACUUAGUGCGAUGGACUUGUGUAUGGUGCCAAUAUUUGUGCGCAAGUUUGGUGAUUUUUUUGAAACAAGUAAUGUCAUGUAUUUGACCAAGGUCUUGUUACUGGUACCCAAUGCCAAAGAAGUGCCACAUAGUUUAUAUCUUGUUUUGCCUUUUACUGCCUUCAUAUGGUUCAUUAUUUUUGCAAAUGCUGUCAUGAUAUUUGCUGUCAUGUAUUUUAUGGAACGUAGCUCUAAGCAAGGAAUGGAUAUAAGUAAAUUGGCCCUGCAGGCUUUUAGUACAAUCAUAUUUCUUUCGACUGGUUUUAUACAUCAAAAAUCACUAAAACAUUUUUUAAUGCAUCUACUGUUCCUGUUUACGGGUAUAUUUCUUACCAACUACUACAGUUCCAGUCUGUCUAGCAUGUUUACCUCCAAGGUUUACGAACCCCAACUUAAAUAUCUCAACGACAUUGGUCGCACGGACCUAACGCUACUGGAAUAUAGUGCUGAUGUAAAUUAUAUGCUUGAAAUCGACAUACCCAAACUAAUAAAGCAACGUGUUCGCUCGGGCAAUAACACUGAGUUGUUUAGAGGACGCCAGCAGCUCAACAUGACCUACAUGUAUACCGUUCAUGAGGAAUUUAUGGACUAUUUAUUAUUUCAGCAAUAUUAUUUAAAGCAUCCCAUUGCCAAGAAACUUGACCAGGUAUUAUACUAUCGUGGUAUGUAUGUGUCACUUCCCCAUCGAUCUCCUUUAAUUGAUCAUUUCAACCAGUAUUUGCUGCGUAUAUGUGAGAAUGGUCUGCUGCAAAAGUCUCUGGUAGAUACCAAGUGGGAUGGUGUGUUAAGUGGUUACCUAAAAAUCAUGCGUGAUCCGGUAGUAGAGAAGUCUUUGGGUUUGGAAUAUUUACGUUAUGGCUUUGUUGUUUGGAUUUGUGGUUUAUUGUGUUCAGUGGUGUCGUUUAUAAUUGAGUAUAAAAUGUUUGCCUUUAAAUGUGGCAAGAGAAAAUCGCAAUUAAAUUAA